AUGCCGACAUACUGGCUCUCAGACAGCCAAAAAAUCGGCGUAGCAUUCUGCACCGGCGGCGGCUUCUUCCUCCUCUUCGGUCUAAUCCUCCUCUUCGACCGCGCCCUGUUAGCAAUGGGGGACAUUCUCUUCCUCAUCGGCAUAACCCUGUUGCUCGGCCCUCAACGAACCUUCGCCUUCUUCGCACGAAAACAAAAAUGGAGGGGAUCUCUAGCGUUUUGGGCUGGGAUUUUAUUGAUUUUGAUAAGGUGGCCGUUUAUUGGGUUUUUGGUCCAAACGUAUGGAAUGUUUAUUUUAUUUGGAGAAUUUUUCAAGACGUUGGCGAGUUUUGCGUAUAAUAUUCCGGUGAUAGGACCGUAUGUUGCGAAGGGGUUGAGUGUUGCGGGGGAUAAGGCGGGGGCGGAGGAGAGGGCGCAUAAGGAUUUGCCUGUGUAG